GUUGGGUUCCUUGUGGAGAAGGAGAUGAGUUACAUGCCCAAACCGGGUUAUGUAAACCUCCUUCAAUCCAACGCUUUGAUUUACCAUGCUAGGCAAAAAGCUAUUAGCUGGAUCAUUCAGGUUCAAAAGAGUUUGAGUGUCUCUAUGGAAACAGUAUUUUAUGCUGCGAAUUACCUUGAUAGAUUCAUCUCAUUGAACAAAUGCCAAGUAUGGGGAUGGACGUGUUGUACGUUUGACUUGCUCGCAGUUGCAUGCUUGUACUUGGCUUCAAAGUUCAAUGAAACACACCCUCCUCCUCUGCCUGCAUUGCAGAUGGAGGGGCUAGGGCAUCCCCCAUUUGGAUCUAACAUGUUUGGGCGGAUGGAGUCAUCGCUUCUGCAAGGUCUUGAAUGGAAGCUGUUGGCCACAACUACUUAUUCUUACCUGCAACUCACGGAAACCCUACAAGAUGAGUUGAAGACACGCGCUACCCAGAUACUCCUUCAAACACUUUUAGAUCCAAAAUUUGUAGGGUUCCGGCCUAGUUUGGUCGCAGAAUCCGUAGUCCAGUGCAUCCUCAAUCCCCAGGAGAAGGACCAGUAUUUCUACCAUUUCAGUGCUCUCAUUCCUCAAGUUGAAAAGGAUGAUAUAAUGAAGAAGAUCCAUGAGAUGGUGGAGAAGGAAGACACGGCGACAUGGGAGAAGAAGGAAGAAUACUGUAGUGGUGAUUGUGCUGCGUUUCUAACGUUACAACUGGAAGAAGCUACUGCAGACUUGAAGAACAUUGAUGGAUCAACCAGAAAGAGGAGGAGGGAUACUUAGCUUAGCUUACUGUUGAUAUUAUAUUUUCUGAAAUAUUAAGGAUGAUAUGAUUAGUUGUCCUUGUUGUAAAACUAUUAUAUAUACCGUAUUGUGUGCAUAUUUUUAUAAACUAUUGGGUAUAUACCCAACAUUA